AUGACAGGAGGUUCUCAUAAGGGAAUAUAUUGCGAUGAAUGUGGGGCGUAUCCCAUUCAAGGCACAAGACACAAGAGCUUGGCGAUCUACGACUUUGACAUUUGUUCUACUUGUCGUUUCGCCAACUAUCCGUGCGAAAGCAAGGACUUUAUUGCCUUCGAUGAGCCCAUUACAAGCUCUGAGGCUGCCUGCGUGGGGCCACAGGUUGUGAAUCGGAUCGAUGCUCAGUCCGCUAGGGAGGCGGAAGAGCAACUGCGGAAGGGUCGGGAUGCUCAUGUCGCAUUUUUUGGGUUCUUUGGAAACCAAGCGGCAGAAGGAGACCGACAAGCCGUCGUUGAUUUUAUCAACCGGAAUGCACACCUGACGAAUAUUCAUAUUCGAUUGUACUCUUUUCAAAAUCAUCAAGAUGUCUUUGCCACUAUCACUCGGGGAUUGCUGCACAACAAGUCUGUCAAGCACCUUUGUUUUCAUCUAGUUCCCUUGCACAAUCAGGGCAGCUUUUUGGACCCCACUCCCCUCAAGGAGCUCAUUGAAACCAAUAAUACGUUACAGGCAAUGUUUAUCACUCGGGCAAAAUAUUGGCCAGGAGCCACCAUUGAGCAAGACACUGCACAAUUGGAAAAUGAGUUUGCCAGCAGUCUUUUUGAAAGCCUCAAGGCAAACCGCAAUCUCAAUUCCUUCCGACUGGAAACCAUGUGCCAUUUGGAAGACUCCACCAAACACCUGGCUUGGGACGUAGUCAGUCAGAACUCAAACUUGACCAGAUUCUAUGCCAAAUUUAAAUCCCAAGAUGACCAACUGGACAUGCUGUUGGCAUUCAAUCAAUACCAAUGGAUGAAGCGAUGGACGGAUACCUUUGCUACGACACCGAAUCGCGUCGAGGUGGUACGAGAAAUUCUAGACUCGGAGCAAGCCCAGAAUGCUACAUCAUUGUUCCAUUUGCUACGGGAAUUCCCAGAGGCAUUGAGGACCAUGGCGUAA